AUGAACAAUCCUAGGAAAGCAAAAUAAAAACUUAAGAAUAAAAUCCCCAGAUACAACUUAAAUCUAGAGCCAGUACCUAAUAAAUAUCACCCAGAAAAUGAAAGAUAUGUAGAGGGACUCGUAUUCAUGGUUGUUGUAAUAAUCUUCACAUCUCUUGUAAUUGGAGUUGCUUUUAUACUGUUUACUGUUUGCAGAGUAGCCUGUAAAAGAUGUUAAGGGGACAUCGAAGAUAGUGAAAGUUUCAAUCCUGAUGGCAAAGGCAAUUAUGUUUGUGGAUUAGUAUUUUUAACAUUGUACUUCACAGCAGUAUCAACUAUAUUGAUCAUUGGAAAUGUCGGCUAUUUCAACAACUCUCUUGAUUCAAAUGAGCUGAUAUCUACUUUUGCCAAUUAAAUGCAGACUAAUGUCUAAACUCUGAAGUCUAAUCUCAUUACUCUUAACGAUGCCUAACUUCAAGACUAUAUUUAAAAGUAUGGAGUAAAAAUGAGCUUUGAUAUUAACUCAUUGAACAACAAUGUCAUACCUGAAGCUCAGAAUAUCUUAACUUAGUCUGAAGGGAAUGCUGAUAAGAUGAAAAGCUUGGAGAUAGGAGUCUUCGUUUGGGUAUUCAUAACUUUCGGCUUUGGCUUACUCUUUAUAAUUCUUAGCUGUAUAUCUUUGAGUAAAAAUUGGCAGAGAGUAGCUCUAUUCAAUGGCAUCUUCUCUUUCUUUAUAAUAGCUACUACUGUUUCUUUGGUUGCAAUGAAGCAUGGCUAGUUAAUCUAUAUGGUAGAUUUCUGUGAGCAAAUGAUUCAGAUAUCAGAAGAAGGCCAACUACCUACGAUAGGGACAGGAAUAUCAAAGUAUCUCUCUUGCCUAAGUUAAGACUCAAGUUCUAUUGUAACAACGUUGGGCUAUCAAGGCUCAAUCGAAUAUCAAAAAGGAAUAAUACUUAGCAAUGAAAAAUUGUAGUAGUUAGGCAGUCCAAAUGUGAUCUAUACACUUCCAGAUUUAGUCAAUGUAAUGUCAAAUAAUGCCACCUUGAGUAUUGACAAUACACUAAAGAACUGGGCUAGUACACUAGAUUAGAUCAGUCAGACAAAUCAAUUAGUUAGUGAUCUAACAUCAUGUUAAAUACUCUAAUAAUAUGCUAAAAGAUAAAACAAUGAAUAUUGUUCAGAUGGUUAUUUUUACAUGUGGUUUGUAUAUUCAGGAGUUAUAGCAAUCACUUUCUAUUAUAUAUUUAUGGCUUUGCUAAGCGUUAAGAUGAACAUUUAUCUGAAUUAAUUGAUAAACUACGAUGCUACUAAUUAUCCUUAGUAAAAUAGCUUUGAAAUUGAUAAGAUGGGUAAUGUUGGCAGUAAUGAUUAUUUGGGAGAGAGAAGUAGAGUCAACUAUUCAGGCAAAUAAAAAUACACAUCUUAGGAUUUAGACAAUGAAGAGGAGGUAGACUCUCUAGUGAAAAAACCUAGAAAGUAUAAUAACAAUGAUCUUUCCUUCAGUAAUAACGCAGGAUCAUCUACUGCAAGAAAAUCCAAAGUUCUUGACACCUUUGCCAAGACAAUGGAUUACACAGGUAAAAAUACAGAGUUAGAUUUAACAAAAGAAAACAGUGCAACAAGUAAGAGAGGGAAGAAAGGGCAUUAAAAGCAGUAAAGCUACGACUAAGAUGAUGACUUUGAUAUGGGUAAAUCUUCAGAUUCCAUUGAGGUGACAGACAAUGAAAUUGGAAGGCCAAGUCUAUUUGAUGCUCGAGAUAUUUCAACAAUCAAGAAGAAGGACAAAAAGUAAAAGACUAAAUAAAAGAGAGACUCAUCCUAUGAUUACUGA